CUUAGAAGUUUGCGUUUAGAAGCAUGUGUACUUGAUAAGCUACCGUCGUCCAUUAGGAAUUUGGUAUACUUGGAUACCCUUGAUUUACGGCUAUCAGAGGAUGUUGAAGUUCCAAAUGUUUUUAAAGAGAUGUUGCGAUUAAAACACUUGAUUCUUCCUCUUUAUGACUUUGAAAACUUUAGAAAUUAUCGAGUAAGAUUGGAUGAGGGAGUAAAUGAGUUGGAGUCUCUACUAUGGCUUGAUAGUAGAUGUCAUGAACUUGAAUGUAUGGGCAGAAUGAAGAAUAUCCGAAGUUUUGCUGCAAUAGUACACGAUAGUGAAAGCUUGUCAGCUAUCAUGAAUGUCAUUAUGAACUGGAACAAGAUACAGGAUUGUGUUGUUUUCAUUGUUGGAAGUUGCGAUUUAACAAUUGAGCGAAUGCUGGAGAAGGCCUUGACAUGUCCCAAUCUUUAUCAAUUGAGAAUUGUUUCUAAGUUAGGCAAGGCACUAGCAAAGUGCGAGAGUGACCUGAUGAGCUCGAAACUUAAUUUUUUGGAUUUGUUGCUAUCCGAGAUUGAGGAUGACCCAAUGGGGAUACUGGGAAAGCUUCCUUGCUUGGUAACACUGCGAUUGAAGGAUGACUCAUUUCUUGGGGAGGAGAUGAGGUGUCCAGCAAACAGUUUUCUUCGCCUCAAGAAGCUAACAUUAAGAGGUUUUCCAAAGUUGAGGGAGUGGAGAGUGGAGUCAGGAUCCAUGCCCCUUCUCUAUCUAUUAAGGAUCGUAGAGUGUUCUUGUUUGGAGAUGGUUCCAGAGGGAUUGAGUGGCAUUUCUACCCUUCAGACUCUUGUAAUUAAAAAAAUGCCGCAAUUGGGCGAAAGGGUAUCACCAGCAGGACAAGAUUUCUACAAAGUCCGCCACGUCCCUUCAAUUAUCAUCAAGGACUAGUCUGUACCAACCAGGCAGUGGCAAUGGUGCUGGCAAAGUGGGGGUUCGUGUCGUACUCAUACAUCUACCAGCAUCAUCUCUAUGAUUAGAAGAUGAAGGAAGAGACAGAAAUGAUGGAGGUGUGCAGAUUCAGCUUGUUGAUGAAAGAGAAUACCUUGAUUUUAGUGCUUAAGUCUUCAUUAUGUUUGCUUUAAGAUUAAAUACAGGCUGCAUUUUGUUUGAUAACUUGUUAUUAUUGAUGCUAAAUAACAAUAGUCUUGGGAAUCUACUCUUUCUGGUUAUGAACUUUGGCUAGAUAAUUAUGCAAAGUUCAGAUGGUACUGUUUUGUAGAAUGCAGAGAGAAGUUUGCUACAUUGUAUGAGUGUCCACGGUACAACUUCUCUGUAUUGCUGAAGCUACAUACUUACUAGAUAUUGAUGAUAUGUUUCUUCUGAGGAAAUUAUCAA